UUAGGGCUUGAUUUAUGUAGAGUUAAUUUUUGUAUAUGGUGUGCAGUCCAACUUUAUUCUUUUGCAUGUGGCUCUCCAGUUUUCCCAGCACCAUUUGUUGAAAAGUCCUUUUUCCAUUGAAUGGCCUUGGCACCCUUUUCAAAAACCAGUUGAUCGGAAACACAUAGAUUAUCAUUUUCUUAACUAUUUCUCUAUGUUGGGUAUUUAAGUUGCUCCCAGAUUUUUGUUUUUCUAAAUUAUCCUAUGUUAAACACAGCAUAAAAGGCAUAAAACCUUUUCUGUAUUUAAAAUUAUUUUGGUAGAAAAUAUUCUCAGAAGUGGAAUUACUGGGUCAAAGAUGAAAUAAGUAUGUUUUGGAGCUCAUUUAAUGAGGUAUUAAACCUUCAAUCUCAUGAUGUUAAGAGCAACAAAAUGCUUCUUUAUUCAUCAGUUGCUAUAGCUUAAGGGCUGGAUUUCUCUAAAAGCCUUUCUCUUAAGAUGAAUGGAUUCCAUGACUUCCUUCCUCCUUCAAUUGCUUCUAAAAGACUAAGUAAAUCUACAGUGAAAAACUUCAACACCAGAGGGAAACGGGACAUGUGGUAGUGUUCUAAAUGGCUUAAUGGAAAAAAAAAAAUAGUGUCAUCACAUGCAGUAGGAAAAUGAAACAAUCUUUGAGAGAAAUAGAGUCAAGAUUUAGACCUUAAAUCAGUGCCAUAAAAGUCCCUGAAGCAAAGAAAGUGUUUUAUUCUGAGUUUCUCUUCUGCCCUUGAUAAUCAAGUUAAUUUACAUUCAUCUUGGUCCCAGAGACAGAGAACUUAAAUCUUCUCUUUUUAGUAAAUAGUACCCACUUAAAAAAAAAUUCAAAUAUGAGAUGUUAUUAGGAGAAAAAUCAAUUUUCCCUUUCAUCCUUGCCCCUCCCUCUUCUCCAGUCUCCCUGUACUCUUUAGAGGAAUCCAUGGUAGUAUUAUUUGUGUCUAUAUAGACUAGUUCAUAUAUAAAGUAUCUCUGGGGAGCGGGUAUAUACAAAAUUAUAUAUGUUAAGGCUCUUGGUACUUUCUGACACAUUCCUUUUCAAAACGGGUACAUCAGUUUAUGAUGGCAAUACAUUGCUAAUUAGAUUUCUUUCUUCUUUUUUCUUGUAUUUCUUUGAAUAUUCUUUCUUUAAUAUUGGAUAUCCAGUUUAUAUUUCUUUUUUUAUGUAUUGCCUGCUCAUGUCUUUUGGCAUGCUGUUUGUCUUGAUUAGCAUUGUCCUUUAUGAGAUUUAUUUUGGCAGCCUUUUGUAGAUGGUUGUUUUAUGACAGCCUGGAUUUGGGGAGAAAAGUUAAUAUGCUUUUUGUAAUGCUUAUGCUAAGAGGUAUGUGAGCUGAACAAGGGUCAAGGCAGUAGGGAGAAGGAAGUUAAAUGCUUGAGAAGAAAUCUAUAGGAUUUGGAAACUGGGCGCAGUCCAAGAUGACUACAAGAGUAAUUCCUCUCCUGCAGUUACUUUUGGAUGGAAGUAUGCUCUUUUCCCAGUAGAAGAUGGUGAUCUUGGAGAAUGACCAUGGAGAAGGGGAUGAGUUCUGGAGAAGGACUACCUUCCAGAUCAUCUCAGGUUUCGGCUGUUAAAAUAACAGCUAAAGAGCUGGAAACAAAGCAGCCCCAUAAAGAGAAGCGAGGGGGCUUUGUGUUGGUGCAUGCAGGUGCAGGUUAUCAUUCUGAAUCCAAAGCCAAGGAAUAUAAACACGUAUGCAAACGAGCUUGUCAGAAGGCAAUUGAAAAGCUACAGGCUGGUGCCCUUGCAACAGAUGCAGUGACUGCAGCCCUCGUGGAACUUGAGGAUUCUCCUUUUACAAAUGCAGGAAUGGGAUCUAAUCUAAAUCUCCUGGGUGAAAUUGAGUGUGAUGCCAGCAUAAUGGAUGGAAAAUCCCUGAAUUUUGGAGCUGUUGGAGCACUGAGUGGAAUCAAGAACCCAGUCUCAGUUGCAAACAGACUCUUGUGUGAAGGGCAGAAGGGCAAGCUCUCAGCCGGCCGAAUUCCUCCCUGCUUUUUAGUUGGAGAAGGAGCCUACAGAUGGGCAGUAGAUCAUGGAAUACCCUCUUGCCCUCCUAACAUCAUGACCACAAGAUUCAGUUUAGCUGCAUUUAAAAGAAACAAGAGGAAACUAGAGCUGGCAGAAAGGGUGGAAACAGAUUUCAUUCAACUAAAGAAAAGAAGACAAUCAAGUGAAAAGGAGAAUGACUCAGGCACUUUGGACACGGUGGGCGCUGUGGUCGUGGACCAUGAAGGGAACGUGGCUGCCGCCGUCUCCAGUGGAGGCUUGGCCUUGAAACAUCCAGGGAGAGUGGGGCAGGCUGCUCUUUAUGGAUGUGGCUGCUGGGCUGAAAAUACUGGAGCUCAUAAUCCCUACUCCACAGCUGUGAGUACCUCAGGAUGUGGAGAGCAUCUUGUGCGCACCAUACUGGCUAGAGAAUGUUCACACGCUUUACAAGCUGAAGAUGCCCACCAAGCUCUCCUGGAAACUAUGCAAAACAAGUUUAUCAGCUCACCUUUCCUGGCCAGCGAAGACGGCGUGCUCGGAGGAGUGAUUGUCCUCCGAUCCUGCAGAUGCUCUGCAGAGCCUAACUCCUCCCCAAAUAAGCAGACGCUUCUGGUGGAAUUUCUGUGGAGCCACACGACGGAGAGCAUGUGUGUUGGAUAUAUGUCAGCCCAGGAUGGGAAGGCCAAGAAAUGUUCCUGUUAUCCCUGCUGGUGGCCUGUGGAAGACACCUUGCUAUUUAACAUGAAAUAUGGGAGGAAAGAGAGUGGAGAGUCCUGCCUUAAGCCCAAAGAUAUUUGGCUUCCAGUUGCAUCGCUUGACAUCUGGUGGACGUGGUUUUCAUAUUGCUGGUAAAUUCUCCAGCUGUUGGUAUUGAUGGGCCAACAGAUACAGCUGCUCCUCUUGCCUCACUUGUAAAUUAUGUGUUUGACCUUCCUUGCAGAGAGUUCAUCCCUUUCCCUUUCUUCCUCCUUUGAGCCUGUGGCAACAAAUGCUUUCCCCCAAAAAACCAACCAAACAAAAAAACCCCAAAACACUAAAGCUUUGGUUGCUGAAUUCUAUUGAUAAAAAACAAACAAACAUCUCUUCUGUCAUAAAGCUUGGAAUUUUAUUGUAUUGCAAGUAUGACAAAGUUAUAGAUGACAAGCUGAGCUCAAAAGAGGAAAGAGGGGCUAUAGCAAAGUUUAUAUUCUUUUUAAGAGAGUAAGCCUUUGGCCUACCCCCUGGUUUCCUGAUUUCUGUGAAAGAAUUAUUGAAUUAGUGGCAUACCCAUUCAAGCAUGAUGAUGGGUUUGUGAAACAUGCUCUCAUAUGAUAUUGCAAACCACAGUAGCAAAAUGAGAAAGAAGGCAUCUUUAUUUUAUUUUACUUUAUUUUAUUUUUGGCCGUACCAUGUGGCAUGCAAGAUCCUAGUUCCCUGACCAGGGAUCGAACCCAUGCCCCCUGCAGUGGAAACACGGAGUCUUAACCACUGGACCGCCAGGGAAGUCCCAGAAGACCUCUUCAAAAAUUGAAACAACAUUUUUUUUAAAUUUAAAAACUACUUCUGAAAAGUUUUUUUUUUGUUUUUAAUUUGCCCUGCUUUCCAAAAAUUGCCUUCUUUCUGCUUGUUACCAAACUCAGAAACUAAAGCCACCUGGCCAUUUGAACAUUUUAUAUAAGCUAACUAUGUUUAAUCCAGGUUAAUACCUUGAAUUAAAGUUCACCUCAAAAUUGUACUGCUUCAAAAAGGCUGGAUAAUAACUAAUAUCAUUAUAACCAGAAUCCAUAUGUAAUUUGAAUAAAUAGAGGUAGGUUCUUUUAUAAGUUUCUUUCUUUUUUUUUUUAAUAGAAUGCUCUUGUAGUUGUAUCCCUUAAUUUAAUUUCUAAACCCCUUCUGUAGCAUGAGUUAAAGAGAUUUCUUUUUAUUGAACCAAAAUUAGGGCAUUGAUACCAGUUGGAUUUAAAAAUCAGAUUGCCUGUAUCCUACCCAAGAUAGCAGACUGUUAAUGAAUGGUUUUUAAUAAACACCCAGUGUGUAUGGACUACUAUAAUAAAAACAGAUGUUAACAUUGGCAUGGAACUUAUUCAGGUAUAAUAAGUGAAACCUAGGUUUCUUUUCCUAUGUAGAGGUCGUUUUUUAUAACACAGUGAAAAUACUGUUAUAAAAAUUAAUCCUUGAGGAGGAGCAGGCUAUUUUAUGGUCGUAAGGUGUUUCCUCACAGAUUCUUAUUAGUUACAGGGGAAAAUAAUAAGUAUAUUAUGGAGAAACCAGGCAAUAACUUGACCAUGUGAUCAAAACUAAUGUCGUGAGUGAGGGGCAGAUGGACAUAUCAUGUGCCUCUGGAUGUGAGAAAGACACAACAUCACUUUUGCAGUAUCCCAUCUGGAAGUGCACAGACUGAAUCUAACCACAAGGAAACAUCAGACAAAUUGAAAAUGAAGAACAUUCUAGGAAGAAAGAAAAAGGGGACUAUAUUCUUCAAAAAUGUCAAUGUCAUAAAAGACAAAGGCUGAGGAAAUGUUCCAGAUUAAACAAUGUUAAAGAGUCGUGACAACUAGUAUAUGCAAUAACUGAUCCUAGGCUGGAUCCUAUAUGGGAGGGGAAAAAUGCCAAAAAUGUAUUUUUAGGUCAAUUUGCAAAAUGGGAUAUAGAUAGUAGAAAAUGUUGUAUCAUUUUAAAAUGUACUUGUUAUAACUGUACUGUGGUAUGCAGGGAAAUAUUCUUACCUUUAGUACAAACUGAAGUGUUCGGAGGUAAAGGGCCAUAAUUCUACAAUAUCUUCUCAGGGGUUCAGAAAAUAAUAUUAUGUGGAUGGAUGGGUGGAUAGAUGGAUAGAUAGAUAGCAGAUUACAAAGCAAACGGAGGAAAAUGUUAGCAAUGGGUGAAGCUGGGUAAAGGAUGUAUGGGUGUCCCUUGAACUAUUCUGUAAUUUUGAAAUUAUUUUCAAAUAAAAAGUUUUUAAAAACA